UUAGUUUGAUUUCAUCCAGAGUACUAGGAGGAAGUCUUAGUUUACAUUUACAAAAUAAUAAUCUACAUUAAUAUGGACAAAAAUAUGCUAUUUUGAGAGUCUUGGCUAUUGAAGGAUGAAUAUAAUAAACGGCAAAUUGCAAACAAUUUUGUCAGCGAAUACGAUGAUGAUGAUGAUGAUUUGUCAUCGAAUUCGAUGAUGAUGAUGAUGAUGAUGAUUUCUGAAUCAGAGCUCUGUUUUUUCUCAAGAAAACUUUUGUAGCUGUGAUUUUUUCUCAGGGUAUUGAGAUUGAUGUGAUGGAUUGCAUCAUAAUGAUAAUGGCAUAGACAGUGUAAUAGUGUAUUCGUUGACAUUGCAACUUAUGUAUUUCUUUCGUCGCGUGUGAAAAGUGUUCACUGUUGGUGAUCUAGAUUAUGGAACUCUUGUGUGAGUUGAAUUCUCAGAAGUAUUGGGGUUUUUCCAUUCUAUAAGUGGACCCUAUAAUUGUAUCUCUUCGUAAUUUUUGAAAACAAAAAUUGAGCUUGUGAGGGAUUGGAGGCCAACCACGUUUAUUCGGACGCCCCAAGAUUGAGCUCAGCUGUGGCACAACUGACCCCUAAUUCGCUGCGGGAUUACGCCAAAUUCACCCAGUUCUGAUAGCAAUAAGAGGGAGGGGUUGCCCUGCGGUUUGGGUAGCUUUCAGUGGGCGAACAUGGGGUGCGGUUGUUUCACUAUCACUCAAAGCAGAAGCAGAAGCAACGGGUACAGGAAAGCAUUCAAAGAAUAUGAUGUGGUUCCUGUUAGUAAUUCGGUGGCAUCAUCAGAGAAGGAUUUGCUUGAAAUUGAGAGAGUUGAGCAAAAGUUCAGAAGUAGCACAAAAGUUCAGCCAUCCGUGAAAGAGCUGGUCAAUGAUAAGAAAGUACGCAGACUUCCUCCUGUGAAAGAGACGCACAUUCUGAUUCACAACGAGGAUUUUGAAGGAAAUAAGAUGAUCAACGAGUAUGUUCGUGAAUGCAAAAUUGGGAGUGGAAGUUACUGUAAAGUUGUUCUCCACCGUGGUAAUAAGGAUGGAAACCUGUAUGCAGUCAAGAUAUUUCGUAAGUCUCGGCUAGGCAAAAUUCGUGCAUCUCAUUCUGGAAAUGCAAUGUCAAAAGUUUUAACAGAGGUAUCUAUUUUGAAGCAAGUGGAUCAUCCUAAUAUUGUGAAGUUAAUUGAAGUGAUUGAUGAUCCCGAUAGUGAUCGGUUUUACAUGGUAUUAGAAUACAUGGAGAGAGGGUGGAUUUUUAAAGGUUCAGGUCCUUCUGGUGGAAUUGGAGAGGGUAUUGCUCGUAAGUACUUUCAGGAUAUUGUUGCUGGACUUAAGCAUCUUCACAGUAAUAAUAUUGUGCAUGGGGAUAUCAAGCCAGAAAACCUUCUUGUUAGCAGCGAUGGAAGUGUAAAAAUCUGCGAUUUUAGUGAAAGCUGUAAAUUUGAGGAUAACAAUGAUGAAUUAAAAAGGUCUGCCGGUACACCUGUGUUCACUGCUCCUGAAUGCAGUCAAGGCUUUCUAUAUCAUGGAAAAGUAGCCGACAUAUGGGCUUUGGGCAUUACUCUUUAUUGUAUGGUGUUAGGACAGUUCCCGUUCAUUGGAGAAACUUUACGAGAGACAUUUCAUAAGAUAGUAAACCAUCCAAUGGUUGUACCGGACAAUUUUAACACUGACCUUGCAGACCUCCUGAAUGGUCUUCUUUGUAAAGACCCGAUGAGGAGAAUUUCCCUAGAUGAAGCUAUGAGGCAUCCAUGGGUGGUCAAAGGAUAUGGGCAUUUAAUUUCAAGGGAAUGAAGGAUUAUAUGAUGGAAACAAGUUUACAAGAUUUUAAUGGGAGUAUACCAUAUUCCUUACUGCAGCAAUGCCCUCCUUUAUUCAUAGUCUUCUGUGCAAUUAUACGGUCACUUUGUGCUGAGUGCACAUAUACCAUGUUCUGCGUUUGACAUCACAGAGUGCAAGUAGAGAAUCUUCAAAUUUGAAGAUCCAAAUUCUAGCCAUGAGCCAUAUGUGGCCUUGGCUUUCUUGAAGUUUGGAUUGCAGUCUGAAGAAUUCAGACUAAUGCCUGUCUCUGCAGCAAAUCGCUUCCAUCAAGUUUUGGUUUGCAUAUAAAGUCUUCUAUUCUGUUCAUUCAGGUAGUGGAAAACACAAACUAGUUCAAGUGGUAACAAUGUCAACUCCAUGGGCCAUGUUUGUCUUGUCCUUGAAGAAAUAUGAUGUUGAGGGAUUUAUGAUUUUGCCUCAAAAACACUGCCGUUUGUCGUCAAAAGGAAAGUUAUGUUCAGAGACUUUUCAUACAAAAAUAGCUAUAUAUGAUUAAUCCAUGAACAAUUUAUGUUUCAGAUACAUGGCAAUUAUUAAUUUUAUAUUUUGGUUCUCGGUGUCAAGAUUUUGUACCAUUGUAUGGUUGCAAGUUGCAACUUGUACUGUAGGUUGAUGCAAUGGCGUUGACGUUGAAAAUGAAGAUUAUAUAAAAUUCCUGCUCGAUUA